UAUUGUUAAACACUACCUAUCGAGAGUUAACUUUCAAGUUUCAUCAUUUCAAAGGAAAAUAUCUGAGCAAUCAAUAUUUGUUCUUGUUUCGUUCGUUUCAUAAGACUGCGGCGGUCCGUGCGUGCUGCGUGUAGUGUGUAUAGUACAGUUCAACUUCCUAACCUUAGGUGAACUCACGUUUACGGUCACCUUUCGUAAUCGGAAAGUUUAUGUGAAUCUAAUAAUACGAAAUUCUGCCUACUUAACAUUAGACUGUUAGACGAUAACAUAUUCGUUUUAUUGUCUAGAUUAUCUAGAACUAUAAAGCGCGAGUGAAUAAUCUAUAAAGGAAAUAGUUGAUUAUAAAAGUGCUACAAAUAUUUGGUAUUUAGUUGAAGACUGCAGAUGUCUGGAGCGACCAUGAACGGGCAUCAACUACCUGACGUGUUACCACCAGGCUACAAGGUAGAAGAAAUUGAGAUACCAGUUCCUUGGGGUCACGUCGCGGGACGGUGGUGGGGGCCGCGGGACAAGCAGCCAGUCAUUGCCAUCCAUGGCUGGCAGGACAAUGCAGGCACGUGGGACAAUCUGAUCCCCCUCCUACCAGUCACAACCUCCGUCCUCUGCAUAGACUUGCCAGGACAUGGUCUAUCCACACACUAUCCCAAAGGCAUGCUCUAUUACAUCUUCUGGGACGGCAUUGUCCUUCUACGGCGGAUAGUUAAACAUUUCGAUUGGAGCAAAAUCACCCUAAUGGGACAUUCGCUCGGUGGCGCCCUCAGUUUCAUGUACGCAGCCUCAUUCCCUGAUGAUGUAGAGAAAAUUAUUUGCGUCGACAUCGCCAGCCCAGCGGUCAGAGAGCCAAGUACUAUGGUCAAGGGUACUGGACAGGGCAUUGACAAAGUUUUAGAAUAUGAGAAUUUACCUAUGGAGAAAGUACCUUGUUACGAGUACGAGGAGAUGAUAGAUAUCGUCUGUGAGGCGUACAAAGGCUCGAUUUCAAGGGAGAACUGCAAAGUUCUGAUGAAGCGGGGCAUGAUGCCUACUCCAGCACAUUUGAAGAAGAAAGGUUAUUUCUUUAGAAGGGAUCCUAAGUUAAAAGUGUCUGGGUUGGCGAUGAUGUCGAUAGAAACGGCUUUAGAGUACGCUUCCAAGGUCAAGUGCAAAGUCCUAAAUAUUCGUGCGUUGCCUGGUCAAAGGUGGGAGAAGUUAGAUUAUUAUUUGAGUGUAGUAGAGAAGAUGAAGUCUACGGCCGAUGUACGGUACGUAGAAGUGGAAGGGACGCAUCACAUUCACUUAGAAGAUCCAGACAAAAUAGCACAUAUUGUUGAAGAUUUUCUAGAAGAUUAUUAGUUUAGUCUAGGUUUAUUGCUAAUGUGAUAUUUUUGUGAUGCGUAAAUGCACUGUAGUUAGGUCCAGUUAUGAAACUAGUAGUUUUUAUGUCUCAAAGCUUAAGCACAUUAAGGAAUCCAGUGAUUUUAAUACAAUCCAUAGUUAGUAUAAUUUUGUAAGUUAAUUUCAUUCUGAUUUUUUGAUUUGAAAUACCAAAGGUAGUGAAUUUGAAGCUAAACUGUUUUUACCGUAUCCUCCAAAGUACAAAUGAAGAUGGGAAUUCAACUUAAUUGUGAUUAGUUUAUGGGUUACUUUGCUUUGUACUUUGGGUUAUUUAAUUUAUUCCUAAUUUAUUUAACUUAUGUUUAGUGUUUUAUGAAACAAUUGAAUGUGUGUUGUGAGAAAUUUAAGUACUUUUAAGAUAAAUAAUUGCUUACAUAUAUGAGAGCUAAGAAUACUUAUUAUUAUAAUUGUCAUAGAUUGGCAUUUGUUAUGGGCGCUGUGAAUCAUAAAAAGCAUAAGCAGAUGUUCUAUAAAAUGUACGUAACUUGUCUGUUAGACAAAUUUGUGUCUUAUCCAAGUCUAAAUACAGUAGCAUUUCCAGUGUUUCGCAAAGAAAUAGUAGUCACAAUACUCACAGUGUUGAUAAUCACAAUUAGUUAUACAAAAUUGUUCCUUAUUCACCAAGAUUCAGAGUCUGAAAUACUACAAACAAAGAAAAUAAUCGAAUAAUUAACAUAGAAAGCUUGUUUUAAUAUCGGUUUUCUUUGAAAUUGUAUUAUAAGGGCUCAUACACACGAGCGGGUCGGCGGCUGCAGUUACCUCUGAAGUUAGCUACAUCCCGCUUGUGUAAGAGCUUUACGUUUUAAUGCAAUGUUAAUUAGAAACAAAAUAUUAAUUUUAUUAGCAUUUUAAAUGUGAGGUUAAAAGGUUGUAAGACUUUGGGAGGAGUGUUUAAGGUAAAAAAAAUAGUUGUAGGUAAAAGAUGAAUGAUAUUUUUGUAUGGAAUCGAAAUGUCCGCAAGAGUAUAUAGAAUUGUAAGAUGUUAGCCUGGUAUAGUAAAUAACAUAUUUAUAUUAGAAGCUUUUUAAAAUAAUGUUGACGAAAAAUGAACUUUGCUUCCUAAGAGCUAAAAUCCAUUUUUCAAAUUUGCGUGUGCGAGCUAAAUGUGUAGGCAAUUAUUUGCUUUACGCUGUUAGAAAUAGAGAUUAAAAUGAUUUUAUUCAUAGUUGGGAUUUGAGUAAAGUGUUGAUAUGACUAUUAUUGUUGAAUACCGUCGAUUUACUUAUAGUGUUUAUAAAUACAUUUUAAAAUUAAAAAUUCGAGUAACUUUGACAUUUAGCGCAUCACGCACGCUGCUCAUGAAUAAGAGCCCCGUUGUGACUUGAAACUAGUAGAGUGUUUCUUAAUUAGUUCACAUAAGCCAUUAAAUCGAAAUUAAAAUAUUUCAAAGGAAAAAUCGACUACUUUUAAUCAGUUUUAUUAUGUACCAACAACUCCAUCAGUUCUGUAAAUUAUCGUUUAUGUUAAAUCGUCGGUACAUUCUACGUAUAAGCAAAGUAGGUAUUAUAAAUUCUAUUGUCUAGCUGAUCAGGCGAUCACAAUACAGAAACAUGAUAGAAACACGUAAAAGAAAUUGUUUUAAUUAAGACUUAACUUAUUUAUAUACAAGUUAUUCAUUAGAGUUUGACUCGUGACGCGUUUCACGUAAUUUCUUUAUCGGCUUAUUUUUACUGCAUGGUUUUCUGACAACUCAUACGAUGCUGUUACCUGAUUCAGAAUUCGAAUACCGACGACAAAAGUACCAAUAUGACUUUUUCCGAGUUAUAUGUAUGUAGGUACUUUCUAAGAUUAUUUAGACACCACUGACUAACAACGGUAAAGGAAAUGUAAGUUUCUUUAUAAUCUGAUUAUAAGUUUGGAAUCGCCAGUCUGCAUUGAGUAAGCGUAGUGAGUAAUGCUUAAAUGAAACGAAAAGAGGCUUUUGGUCAGCAGUGGCCACUUAUAGGCUCUUGGAAUAUUAGUGCACAUUCUACUUUUUAUAGCGCAAUCUAUUUUCAAUUGUGAUGUAAAUUAGACUAAGAACCAUAUUGCAAAAACAAUCUACAUUCUUACGGCCACACUCAAAGACAUGAAAUGAUUACUUAAACUAUUCCUUAGUAACGAUUUUGUUCUGAAAACAAUUGCCAAGGACUGGGUUAAGUAACCAUUAAAUGACUCUGAGUAUGGCGGUUUAACUUUGAAUUGUAUAAUUCCUUUUUUUAUUAAUGAGCUUUGCCACUUAGAUACCACAUAGCCCUGUACUAAAAAUAAUAAAAAAUAGUUAUGAUCACUAUAAGUAGAAGUAGUCUUUAAGUAAAUUGGUAAUUGAAAAUUGUGGAUCUCCAUUCUAAUGCUGUUUAGAAUCAGUUUUUCUACACCAUGGCUAUUUAUAACCAAUAAAAACAAUAACGAAGUGGUUUUUUAAACUAAUUAAGUAUGUGAGUAUGUAUAAAAGGUCUUUGUUUCCUCUAAGUUAAUAGGGUAAUUCCAUUGUGACGUCACAUAAUAAAUUAUAGCUUGUAGGUUAUUGUAAUACAGUAGAACGUGAUACAUUAGAAGAAAUUCCAUUUGUGUACAUUUUAUAUAGAUAUAUGUUGAAACAAAAGGGGCUGCAGUUUUUCUCUUCAGAUGGUACUAAUGUAGGUCUGUUGGUCGGUUGGUUUAAUCAUUUUAACAGUGAACAAUAAAUGCCCAAUGAUUUAUGAUGCUAUAGUACCUAGUGCCAUUACAAACGUGCGUUUGGCUGUCAUAAGUAUUUUUUUCGAUUUUGUUAAACGUAAAAAAGCAAACUCCUACUAAGGGUAACGUACUGAUAAAAAUGUCUCACUCACACUUAUGCAAGUUAGUAUUGGCCCAACUACUAAAGGCUCUUUUGAUCAAAUAGAUCUUAUGUUACAUUAGCUCUAUUUGGCGACCAAAAAAUACAGCCGUCAAUAGAUUAAUUCCAAAUGUCUAUUACUCUAUACACAAAAGAAAAGUGCAAAGUUGUCUUCCUAUAUUGUUUUUAUGGUAAAUUGAGGUAAACGACCGACAAAGCCGAUCACGUGCCUGUUUCAUAAAAUGGCGCCAUUUAUUAAAAUGCUGUCAAUGUCAAACUGACAUACGUCAUAAAAAUUAACUGUCUAAUUUUGGAUUGAAUCAAUAAUGUUUAAAUAAUGAGCAUUUGUCUAUGCAUAAUAACUAUUUACGUAAUGAAAUGUUACGUAAAAGUACCUAUGACGUCAGUUUUAAACAUAUGUUAACUUGUACGAUUUAUAAAAAAAGUACCUUGCCUAUGUAUGCAUGGAAUUUUGUGGUAAACUCUUUCAUUAACUUUCUAUUGUAUGUAAAUUAUUUUUAGUUUUUUUUCCAUUAAUUUACAUAGGCACAGACAGUUACUAGUAAAAUAUUAAUUCGUCUGUCUGUCUCGGUCGCAUACCUCAAAACUGAUAUACAAUGUGAUAGGGGCGAGACUUCUAACCCGUUAAGGCUGAGUUCUACACCUAAUUUUAUCGACAAAAGUCGGGGGUCGAAGUGGUCGAAUCCCCUCCCCCUAAAAGUUAUGGCUAUUUUAAUAUUUUUUUUACUUUUUUUGAUAUCAAAGGUUGUAUGCGUCGUAGAAACAAAAAAAAAAACGACAAGCGGUAGCUAAUAACCUUGGCUAACUAAUUCAUUACCUUUUUCAUAUGUUUGAUAAUGUUUUGGUGAGAAAAAAAAUCAUUUGUGAAUUAUUUUUACCGAAAAAAUCACAAUUUUUCAAUAUUUUCAAUUAGGGGUUCAACUCCCCAUAUUAUUUUUUUUGUCGAUAAAAUUAGAUGUAGUACUCAGCCUUAACGGGUUAGAAGUCCCACCCCUAUCACAUUGUAGUUAUAAUUUUUAAAUGAAAUGUCAGGAAUAUAUUUUUGUAUGACUUUAAUUGAUGUAAACGCUAUAGUUUGACCAGAAACCGCUUUACCUACUACUGAGGUACUGUACCAUAGGGCUUUAAGUCUUCUUAACAUAGCAUUUUUGUACAUUAAAGUAAAUUAUUUAACUAACCAAAUAUUCGGAUCGGUUUGUCGGAGUAACCACCGACGCCCGCCCCAUCCGCGCAUAAACGUGUUUAACAAUGGUAUCUGUCAAACUAUAGCUAAUAGCAAAUUCAACAAUUGUUAAAAUAAUUGAAAUAAAAUAUCAACUUCGAUUCGCACCAUAUCAUUAUAAUUUAUAAAACUAUUUAUUUAUUGACAACAAAUAACGUAGUAAGUAUUAAAAUUCACAAUGUUAUAAAUAAAAUAAAAAAAUGUUAAAUCUUA